AGCCCGUCAAUUACUAGUCACAUUACUAUGACUAUGACCAUUUUAUAUAUUUUCGUUUCUGGCCCUGAAUGUGAUCCUUUUAGCUCUGAAUAAUGUUGCCUGCAUAUAUUGUUCUAUCUCGAUACCUGGCCAAAGUCAUAAAAGCUAUGUUUGUUUAGGCGAAAAAGAUAACGAAGUUGUUAAUUAUUAUCGAUUUUCCCUGAACAAUAGUAUGGCACAGCCCACGGCCACGGGUGUAGCUCAUCCUGCUUCAGUUAUCGGCCCCAGUUAUUGCGCUCCUCAUCCUGUCGAUCUUGCAAUCAUCACAAAGACUCCGACUUUAACCGAUGGAAACUUUGAUGUCAUAGACAUCCAAGGCAACAUCGUUUUUAAAGUUAGAGCACCCUUUACCUGCUUCCAGCGUGCCCGGAGUGUCUUACUUGAUGCUGCUGGAAAUCACCUAGUAACUUUAAGACCCAAGUUAACCUCAAGCCAUGAUAGAUGGAAAGUUUUUAGGGGUGAUAGCACAAACUCUGGCGAUCUGCUCUUCAGCGCUAAGCGAUCUUCAAUGUUCCAAUGCAAGACCACAUUACACGUGUUCUUAGCAAAUAACACAAGAGAGGAUGUAUGUGACUUCAAGGUCAAGGCAACUUUUUCAGAACGAUCUUGUGUCAUUUAUGCUGGAGACUCUUCUACAGAAGUCGCCCAAAUGCAUAAGAAGCAGUCCUUGAAAAGCGUCUUCCUUGGAAAGGACCAUUUCAUGGUGACAGUGAAUCCCAACAUUGAUUACGCAUUCAUAGUUGCGCUUAUUGUGAUUCUUUACGACAUCAACAGACCGGUUUGAUACAAUCUGGAAUUGGUACCAGAAGGAUAAGAGCAGGUUAAUUGGUUUACUUUUCUGCAAUCCUAGAUGUGAUUUGAAGAACCCUCCUUGGGUUGAUGUAUGAUCGUUGUUAAUUUUCAGCGUGAUGUUUUGUGGUCCAGCUGAGCAUUUAUAUAUUUUCCUUCUAAUUAAAUAGACAAGAAAUAUGUUUGUGUAAAUAGGGGUGUAUAUCAAACCUGAUGUAUAUAUAGUAGGACGACAAACACCUAUUUUGUGGUGCAAACAAUGAAAGUAUAAAAUGAAUGAUUUUUCCUACAA